AUACAAGUCUGCUUUGAAUUUAAUGGAGUUUAAGAAUGUACCCAAUCUGAGCCUUAAGGGCAAAACUUUUGAUGCUUCCCAUCUUAAGACAAUUAUUCACAGCGAACAAGACGAAUUCGAUAAUUAUGGCACCAUUGCUAAACCAAGUUCUAAAUAUUCUCAUCAACAAAGAGAAUACAAUCAUUCAGUGGCUAAUAAGGAUAUGAAUACUAAGAUGUACUCUACUUCGUAUUCGAAUCUUAGAAGGAAAAAACACUCAAGAUCUAAAGCUUCAGGAUCUAUGAAAUCGCAUUACUCUUCUUUAACCGAGGUGGUGACUAAUAUCCGUCCAUCGCAUUAUUUCAUCUCUCUUCCAAGACACGGUAUAUCAUAUAUGAAAUCUGAGCCGGUCCAGAGCGAUAGUAUUCUAGCUAAGAAUACUAAUGAACAAAAGGCAACUAAGGAGCAAAUUGAGAAAAUUAAAGAAUACGUUAGUUGAGAUGGCCAGAUACAAGAGUGGAAGACUCAAUCGAAUAUUGGCUUACCCUCCUCACAACGGAAGGAAUCAGAUAGGAUGAGAAGGACCCUUAAGAACUUUCAAUCCUUAAGGAAGACCAUCUUUGAAAAUCAGAGAAAGACUAAUCAUUCCAACAACAGGUGGAGAGAAAGUUGUGGAAAAGUGGUUCAUUCUAUGUCUGGAGAGAACAGAAUCAAUACAAAAAGUCAAAGAGCUAAACCAUUUUAUAAAUUCAUAAAGAAACAUAAUAAGGACUUGAAGAAGUUCAUGUCUACUGAUAUCAACUGGACUCGUAAGAAGAGAGUAGAAGGAUCUGAGAAAAACACUUUCAAAAGAAUCCAAAAAGUCAAGACUGAUACUUCAAAACCCCUCACUUUACAUGGUGAUAAAUUCUGUUUCAAGAAAUGAACCUUAUCCCACGCAAUGCCCAGGAAAGAGAGAAUAAUUAUCUAACCAAAAUUCAACUACAAUUUCCAACAUUCAACUUUCAAACUCCU